GCGAGGAUAUCAAAAAUAAACCGCCUCAUGUCCAGGGAAGAGCAGAAAGUAUAAAUACCUCUGAUGUGUCCAGACUGCGGCGGUGCUGGUGACUGGUACAGCAAGGCUCAGCUUGGUUAGGAAGAACGCAGACUGACAUUAGCGGACAUACUUUAACCAAGACUGGCUUUCGAGCACUGAAAGAUUGGAGAGGAUAUUCCUUGGAUUUCAGAGGGCGCACCCUUUUCCUAGACUUAACCUAUCAGUUUUUAUAUAGGCUUUUUUUUUUUAACCACCCCUGAGUCCAGGAUUCAUUACAGAAGAUGUGUUCAGCUGUGUGUUUUGUAGUUUUACUCCUUCGCUUAGUCAACGCGGCACGUGCCACUUCAUAUGAAUCUGAGGACGUUGUACCUGUUCGGAUAAAUGGAAGAACCAGUGGUCGCUUUUGGAAAAGGAGCGAGGAGCAGCCGAGGUUUACCCUCAAAGCGUUUGGCAAGGACUUGACUUUAAGCCUCGUGCCAGACACCAGCUUUAUCGCACCUUCUUUCACCAUCCAGCGCAUCAGCGCCAGAGAUGUUGGCGCGUUGCGCAGCAGCUCAGGUGCUCACAGUCUCCUGCACGCAGAUCCACAGACGUUAAUGGACCAGACGGAGGAGAGUGAAGGACAUUUGAGAAGUUGCUUCUACUCUGGGAACGUGGAUCAAGACCAGAACUCAAUCGUGGCUGUCAGUUUGUGCUCUGGCAUCUUUGGUUCCUUCAUCACGGAUGGGAAUGAAUAUUUAAUUGAGCCAAAACUCCCCGGAGACCCGGGGCCGGUCUCUGCAGAGCAGCUGCAUGUCAUCAGGAGGAGGACAUUCACGAAAAGCCGCGGCUUCCCCCUCCUGUUUGAGAGCCGAGGGGAAGAGCGCAUUGGGGAACGUUUUACGCACCGCGACAGUGACGCACGGAGGGAACCUCGCCGGAGACGUUUUGUUUCCGCGCCACGCUUCAUAGAAACCUUGGCCGUAGCAGACACAACCAUGACCCACUUCUAUGGAGAUGAAAUAAAGCACUACAUUCUCACCCUCGUGUCUAUGGCAGCCCAGAUGUACAAACAUCCCAGCAUAAAGAACUCAGUGAACAUCGUGGUGGUGAAAAUGUUGGUGGUGGAGGACGAGGAGGUCGGCCCAGAGGUUUCCAGCAACGGAGGCAUGGCUCUGCGAAACUUCUGCUCUUGGCAGCAGCUCUUUAACCCGCCGAGCCACAGACAUCCGGAGCACUACGACACCGCCAUGCUGUUCACCAGAGAGGAUAUCUGCGGACAGAAGAGCUGCGACACUUUAGGUGUGGCUGAUGUCGGAACGAUGUGCGAUCCAAAGAGAAGCUGCUCGGUUAUCGAGGACAACGGUCUGCAAGCUGCCUUCACAGCUGCACACGAGCUCGGCCAUGUGCUGAGUAUGCCUCAUGAUGACUCUAAGACAUGCGAGAGGCUGUUUGGGGACCUGGGAGGACAUUAUCUCAUGGCGCCUCUAUAUGUCAACCUCAACAAAACAGAGCCAUGGUCUCCCUGCAGCGCUCUCUACAUCACUGAGUUCUUUGACAACGGGCAUGGGGACUGCCUGCUCGAUGUCCCAGAGAGUGCCAUGCUCCUACCAGAAGAGCUGCCAGGCACCAUGUACAGUCUGGACCAACAGUGCCAGCAGAUCUUUGGAGAAGAGUUCAUCCACUGCCCCAACACAUCAGACAGCGAUAUCUGCAGCCAGCUGUGGUGUCGAGAGGACGGCACGCCGCAGUGCUCCACCAAGAACGGCAGCCUGACCUGGGCCGAUGGCACCCCCUGCAGCGCUAAUGGGACUUGUCUCAAUGGAGUUUGCAGAUCGACUUUGGAAGUGAUACAACCCCUGGCUGUGGAUGGUGGCUGGAGCUCGUGGGGGCCGUGGCAGCAGUGCUCCAGGACGUGUGGAGGUGGGGUGGAGUUCUCCUACAGGGAGUGCACUGAUCCUGUUCCUCAGGGUGGAGGGAGGUACUGUGAAGGACAGAGGGUUCAGUACCAGUCCUGCAACAUCCAGCCGUGUGAUAACAGUGAAGGUCAAAGUUUCAGAGAAGAACAGUGUGAAAAGUACAACAGCCCCAGCAACAGCAGCAUCAUGAAACAGUGGAUUCCGAAGUAUGCCGGCGUUUCUCCCAGAGACAGAUGUAAGCUGUUCUGCAGGGCCCGAGGCAGCAGUGAAUUUAAGGUGUUUGAAUCCAAGGUGAUUGACGGGACGACCUGCGGACCUGACACCACAUCAGUGUGUGUUCAGGGCCAGUGUGUGAAAGCAGGCUGCGACCAGGUGAUUGGAUCCAACAUGAAGGUGGAUAAGUGUGGUCUGUGUGGAGGAGAUGGACUCAGCUGCAGGAAGAUCACAGGCUCCUACAACAGAGCAACCUACGGGUACAGCGACAUCGUCACAAUUCCCGUCGGCGCCACCAACAUCGACAUCAAGCAGCGCAGCCACAGAGGAGUCAAACAUGACGGGAACUACCUGGCAGUGAAGCGGGAAAGUGGCGCCUACAUCCUCAACGGUAACUUCUCUGUGUCCACUGUGGAGCAGGACAUCCCCGUUCUGGGUGCCGUGCUGAAGUACAGCGGCUCCUCCACCACCUUAGAGAGGAUCCAGAGCUUCAGUCAGCUGAAGGAAGCCAUCACAAUCCAGAUCCUGGCCACUGCGGGCGAUGCAAACCCCCCCAAGAUCAAAUAUACGUUUUUCAUCCCCAAGGAUGUGAUAUUCAACAAAUCUAAAGAGAAGAAGGACCCAUCCCCAUCGCUGCAUAUGAUAAGUCCGUUUGGUGUGCCUGACUGGGCACUAGGCGAGUGGUCCGAGUGCUCCAAGAGCUGCGGCUCCGGGUGGUCCAGGAGAAGCGUUGAAUGCAGAAACAUGGAAGGCUACCUCUCCAGCCAGUGUGACCAAGACCUGAAGCCCACAGACAUCAGGCCUUGUGGGGAUUUGCCGUGUCCCAUAUGGCAGAUGGGGCCUUGGUCCACCUGCUCACGAACUUGUGGUGAGGGGGGGCGGCGCCGCAGCGUCUUCUGUAUAGACUACACUGGGAAGAUUGUUGAGCCAGAGAAGUGUGAUCCAAACAAAACCCCAGAGCCAGUCUCUGGAGAAUGUAAGAACCAGGACUGCUUAUGAAGAACAGGGAACUAUCCCUUUUUGGUCUGAGUGCACAUACCAGCCAUAGAUGGAUUACUGAGUGCACCAGGAUGCACCAGGAAUGGGCCCAGGGCACUAAUGACUACAAAAAUCCCAGAGAAUAACUGCAAGGUCACCUCAAAAUAUCAGAAACUGUUGCUAAUUGACAAUGAAGAAAUCCAGAAUGGCCACAUGUGUGGCAUCCAUGUCCACAGAGGAGGGGUACCAGAUGGCUGCGUCAUGUGACAUUAAGGGUUUUCACCUGAAUAUUUUCUCAUCUUUGUCCAUUUGAAAACCACGUUUGAAAUUAGAAACCAUUUAAAUCUACCUCAGGAUGUAAAUGUGAUGCUAUGUACAGAUGCAGUGAGGGCUUUCUCCAGAAGAACUUUUCUAGUCUCACGUUAAAAAGAAGCUAACAUUGUGGACGGCGUUUGUCUUCCAGAGCUAGCUGUUAGCUUACAGUGGGACAGAGCAUUGGCAUGAAACCUGCUGUCAUAGACCAGCACAGUGUAAAUAUACCUCCACUUGUCCUCCACAAAACUCUGUGCCCUAUAACGCUUCAAUCGAGCCGUUUACCUGUUGCUGAGGCAGAUAAUGUGUGAUUCUCUGGAAAUGUGCUCGUUUGUGAUUGCUUGUUUUUCUACUGGCACACAAAUAUGAUGAGUUAAAUGCUUCCUGUGUUUAAAACCAUUUCCUGGCAACAUAUUUGACUUCAUUUCUGGCUUUUAGUCAUAGUAACCUUCACAUAGACUGUAAAGGACAGGUGGAGUCAAAGUAACACCUGGGAAAGUGCUUUCAGGUGAAUCUGUUCCAUCUCUGGUUCCAGUUAGAAUAAAAGGUGAUGUGUCUUUAGCUGACUAACACCUUCGAUGGGCUGCAGCUGCCCCGUCUCGUACAAAUGUGGCCACUUCUGGGUCUGAACAACUCCUGAAACUACGUUCAGCUCUUUUACAGUCUACACUAAACCUUGAAUUUAUAAAGAUUUAAUUAGAGUUUACACAUUAGCCAAGAUAAUGAUCUGAAAAACCUUCUAACUGUAGUUUUCCCCUCGAAGUCUUCCUAGUAGUCUAAGAGGUAAACAUAUUAUCAGUCUUGUAUACGAAACGUAAAACUAAUUUCAUUUGCAGCCUUUUUUGUUUGUUUGUAAAUCCAUCAUAGUUGUUUUUUCUGUCUCAUGUAUGUAUAUUUGAAUUGUUUCAUUCCUUUUCUUAAUUUACAGUAUAAAAUAAGGUGAAAGAGGCGGCUCAUGUGUCUGAUAUCCCUUCAGUGAAGGACCACGCUAUUUUAUUAUUGCAGCUUUUUAAGCUAUUUAUUUUUGUAAGUUUUUACAAACAUGGCAGAUGCUGCUGUCUUUGAAUUUUUGUUUUGGUUUGGUUUAUUUUUUGUCUAUGAAGUGGUCAAAUAAACACAUUU